AUGAAGCCUUUCAAGCCGCUUACCCUCGCUCGCCCUAGAUCAGAGACUGGUGAGCCACCGAGCAAGAAACGGAGAAUCUUGUCCAACGCGCUUUCCUCUGGCAGUCGUCAACCUCUCAACACGCUCAAUAAUCCCGCGCCAGCACAGUUUCUGCCCCCGGGUCUCGACGGAAACUACUACACAGUAUUAUGGCGGAAAUACACAACUAAGAAGAACAAGACGUGGGAUGGCGAUGGAGUGCUCGCUGUGACAGGUGGUUAUGCCACGCUCACGGAUAGCGAGACGGGAAAAGAGCUGGGCAAGGGAGUAUGCAGCCGGCCGCUACUUCCAGGCUCGGCGCUGUCCGUUGGUGGCAAGGAGAUUGAAAUUGAAGGCCCCAUCGACAAGGCGGACUACCUCGCUGGGCGCACUUUGCCAGGCAAUGCUGCAGCCGCGCCUGUAGCUCAAACGAAGCACACCGAAUCGGGAUACAAGCCUCUCUCAUUGGAAAAGAAGAAAGCAAGCAAGAAAAACAACGCUGCUGGUGAUGGGGAGACUGUAUCAGAUUACAAGCCAUCGGCCCAGCGCAAGCAACAAUUCAAGGCCCCUCUCUUGUCGAAUACUGUCAUGCCUCAACGAAAUCCAUCGAUUCCACAGCCACGUCACGACCCUCACGCGCCCAAUGCUCUAGUCAUGAAGCGGCCCAAGUCCUGUCCGACCGGAAAGCAGAUUGUUGACGUUGUCGUCGACCCAGUCCUCAGCAAGCACCUUCGCGAACAUCAACGCGAGGGUGUGCAGUUUUUAUACGAAUGUGUCAUGGGCAUGCGAUGCGAGGGCGAAGGAGCCAUCAUGGCUGAUGAGAUGGGUUUGGGCAAGACAUUGCAGACCAUAACCUUGCUCUGGACGCUGAUGAAACAAAAUCCGAUACACGAUACCUCACCAGUCAUUACCAAGGCCCUUAUUGUAUGUCCAGCUGGCCUGGUCGACAACUGGAAGCGCGAGUUUCGAAAAUGGCUAGGCAACGAGAGAGUUGGUGUAUUUGUGCUAGACGGAAAGAACAACAAGAUCACCAACUUCACAAUGGGCAAAGCUUAUAACAUCAUGAUCGUCGGAUACGAGAUGUUGCGUAUCGUACAAGAUGAGCUGAAGAAGGGCAGUGGCGUCGAUAUCGUGAUUGCAGAUGAGGGCCAUAGGUUGAAAACCGCUAACAACAAAGCAAUGCUUGCAAUCCAGUCUCUCAAUACUGAGCGGCGGAUCAUACUGUCAGGGACGCCAUUGCAGAAUGACUUGGGUGAGUUUUACACCGCAAUUGACUUUGUCAACCCUGGACUACUCGGGCAACGAACGGCUUUCAAGCGUUCAUUCGAAGUGCCCAUCAUGCGCAGCCGUCAGCCAGGGGCGAGUGAAUCAGAGCUCGAAAAAGGAGAGGCACAAUGGAAGGAGCUCGUAUCUCUCACCAGUCAAUUCAUGAUCCGACGGACAGCAGAGGUGCUUUCCAAGUACCUUCCACCCAAGACUGAGCACAUUGUCUUCUGCAGGCCGACCAAAGGGCAGGCAGAGGCAUAUCGAGCAAUACUGAAUUCUCCGACAUUUAGGAUUGCACUAGGAAGUACGGAUAUUGCACUACAACUCAUCAAUGUGCUAAAGAAGGUCUGCAACAGCCCUUCUUUGCUCAAAUCAUCAAAGGAUAAUGAUGACACGCCAUCGGAAAUGCUACAGUCGCUUCUCCCUCUUAUACCGAGUAAAAUUCUCAGCUCAAGUGCUUCAAGCGCGAAACUGCGACUGCUCGACAGCCUGAUUCACCGAAUCUAUACUACCACAGAAGAGAAGAUCGUCAUCGUUUCGAACUAUACUACCACACUGGACAUGAUUGAACGACUUCUUGUCUCGUUAUCGUACACUUUCCUCCGUCUGGACGGUAGCACCCCGGCUUCCAAACGCCAGGCUCUUGUGGAGAAAUUUAACAAGACUCCGAAAACUGCAUCAUUCGCCUUCCUUCUAUCUGCCAAAUCUGGUGGUGUGGGUCUCAAUCUUAUUGGCGCAUCGCGCAUCGUGCUAUUUGAUAUCGACUGGAAUCCUGCUACAGAUCUGCAAGCUAUGGCGCGUAUCCAUCGUGACGGCCAGAAAUUACCGUGUAAGGUAUAUAGACUCCUUAUUCAAGGCGGCUUAGAUGAGAAGAUCUAUCAGCGCCAAGUUAUGAAGAUGGGCCUUGCAAAUGCUGUUGUGGACAACAAAGCCUCUGCAUCCUCUUUCUCGCAGGAAGAGCUUCGCGACCUUUUCCGGCUAGACGAGCGUGAAGGUUGCCAGACACACGACAUACUCGGUUGUAUAUGUGACUGCAAGGGCUCACCGGAAAUCAAAGCCGAGGAACAGGACGUGGCUGCCGAAGACAAUGUCGAUGACUCAGAAGAAGAUCCCUACCCAACCCUUACAAAAGCAAGCCAGGUCAACAUUGAAGAACAGGAAGCGAGGAUCAAGGCUAGGCGCGCGGCGAAACUUCCCAAACUCAGGAUGUUGAUGGAAUACCGACAUAUUGACACCAAGAUACUCAAAGAAACGGCGACGAAUGAGCAAGGCGGGAACGAAGAGGCAGGAGUCGUUGAUGACAUGGCGGUGGCGGUCGAUGACGACGUAUUCCUCGACGUCCUAAAAGAAUCAGAAUGCAAUGUCGGCUUCCUGUUAACGAAGUCGACGUCUUAA